AUGGAGUUUACAGAGGAGGAGAAGACUGCAAUUACGUAUAUGUGGUUUAGAAUGUCUAAAAAAGUGGAUUUUUAUGGUGCUGAUGCUUUAGAAAGACUUAGGUGGUCCUGUCCUCAGAUCCAGGUCCUCUUGAAAGACUUUGACCAGAGUACUAACUCUGCUGAUUACCGUUCCUUUGGUGCAAAGCUCCUUACAGCGAUUGGAGAAGCUACAAAUCAUCUGGAUAACCUAGAAGAAUCCUUGGCUAACAUCACUGACCUACAUGCUAAAAACCUGAAAAUAGGUGCUGGAAAUUUCAGGCUACUUGCUCAAUGUAUCAUGCAGGUCAUGGCUGCUAACUUCCCGGAAGAAUUUACAACAGAAGUUCAAGCUGCGUGGGACAAAUUCUUUGUAGCUAUAGCAACCAUCCUACAAACAAAAUAUAGAUAA